AUGGGUCGUGAAUUCGUUGUUGUUAUUGUAGCAAUACUUUGGUUCCUCUCAAUAUCUUCUGGUUGCUUAGCAAAAGAAGACUCAUCAUCCACUGCGAUAGCUUUCGUCGAUAAGAUAUGCAACGACGCAACAUACAAAAACCUUUGCUUGGAUACGCUCGUACCGUACGCUGACCGCAUCGGUGGUGUAGCGAAAAAAGCAACCCGUCUGGCCAUAACGCGAACUGUUGAGGAAGUACAAUCAAUGUUAAGUGAACUUAAUAGCCUCUCAAACCCUCCUAAAUAUUGGCAUCGCGAAGUCACUGCCUUCGUGCGUUGUAGUGAAACAAUAUCGAGGGCAGGAGUAGACUUGUUCAGUGCACUUGAAGUUACUAAUCACUUGGGUGGUGGAGAUAAGGCUGCCAAAGAGACCAAGAGGUUACGCAUGGAGAACAACGUCAAAUCGGUGAUUAAUGAUACACAAACAUGCAUGGAUUUUCUUCGAAAUUCAAAGGCUGGAAACAAUAUCAUUAAUAUUCUUCAAUAUAAUAUGAAACCAAUUGUUCAACUUGCUACUAAUGCAAUUGACCUAAUCCAUCACCUCCAUGGAGGUGCAGUCGCCGUGUCAUCUGCUACUGCUGGUGGUGUAGGUGCUGCUGCCGCUGAGGCUCCAAAGUAG